AUGUCUUCGACGGUGCAACAAUUCCCGGCAUAUGUUACGAACGGAACGUUCUUUAGCGUAACAAAACCGAUUUAUAAAGAAAUAACGAAUCAUACAAGCCCUACCAGUCGAGUGUCGCCUAGUCAAAAUGCAGCAUUGAACAGCUACGGACACAAAGGAGUACUACAUUCCCUGCCACAUAACCAAUCGAAUAAUAAAUCGGAACCUGCAGCAGUAGCUUUGGAAAAUAAACAGAAGCGCUCACGUACAGCAUUCACCAGAACUCAAAUAUUAGAGUUGGAAUGUGAGUUCAGAAAAAAUGUCUACCUCUAUCGCACACGCCGCAUCGAAAUUGCCAAACGUUUGUGUCUACGUGAACGACAGGUAAAGAUAUGGUUCCAGAAUCGUCGCAUGAAGGAAAAGAAAGAUUCUAAACUCCCUAAUUGUAAUGACAAAUUAACUGCAAAGGACUCCCAAACUUUGAGCGAGCAAAUUACACACAGAGGCAUCGUGCAACGUCUUAUGUCAUAUUCCAUUGAUCCUUCCAUAAGACGUCAGAUGGGAGCUGCAUCGAUGGGACGCAUAUUAGAAUAA